GCGCUGAGGGAGGCCUUCAACGAAAUCAACAAAUAUCUCCUCCCGGCCUAUCCUGUCGGUUAUAUCAACUGCAAAGACAUCACUAUCAAAAUAUACAACCAGGAAGGCGUCGCUAUUGACAAACAGAUGAAUAUGUCACAAAGCGCUGCUAUAUCGGGUGGAGUUCUCUGCUUCUCGUACAGUGCAAGCAGUUCUCAAACUGCCACGCAUAACGAGCACUCGUUUACGUCAUGUACCGAUGGUUGUGUCGUGCGGAUCCCCGGCCCUCAGAUCCUGGGGUACAUCAUGAUCAUGCAAUUGAGCAAAAACGACCGGACUGUGAAAAUGCCAGAUGCAUUACCCGACGACUUUUUCAUCUUAGAUUCGGACUACGACGCCGUCGUGAAUGGGACUGAACCUUCCCACACCUUGCAGGUUCCUAUUUCAGGUUCUCGAGUGAGACCCAAAGCAAUCGAGAAGAUACUCCUGGACCAGAUCGAUCCGGUUCUCAACAAGCUACCGUUUCUGAUGAUGUCGCUAGCGGCAUCUACAGGACUACAGACGCAGAUGGAUAACAUCUUGUCUGCUGUUCAACGAUACGCUUUCGAUCUCUACGCGGCUCAACUUUGACAAUUCCCAUUGAAACUUUCGGUGUCUGAUUCGAUUUGUGAUCAAGAUGCCUCUCCUUUGUGAUCUA